AUGUAUCACAAUCUGAAGGAACGUUUCUGGUGGAUAGGAAUGAAGAAAGACAUAGCAAGCCACGUCUCCAAAUUCCUACAUUGUCAACGGGUUAAAGCAGAACAUCAGAGACUUGCAGGAAUGUUACAACCAUUCCUCAUUCCUGAAUGGAAAUGGGAGCAUAUUACUGUAGACUUCAUGGUCGGGCUACAUCAAUCAGUCUUGAAGAAUGAGGCAAUAUGGGUUAUUGUAGAUCGAUUGACGAAGUCAGUGCAUUUUCUACCAAUCAGAAUCAUGUACUCCCUUACUAAGUUCUCCACUGUGUACAUCAAGGAAAUCAUUCGUUUGCAUGGAACCCCAGUUUCAAUCAUAUUUGAUAGAGACCCCCGCUGUGUGUCUCAUUUCUGGAACAAAUUGCAAAAAGCUUUGGGAACCACUUUGAAGUUUAGCACAGCUUAUCACUCGCAAAUUGAUGGCUAUUCUGAUACACGAAGACGGGAUAGAGAAUUUCAAAUAGGAGAUCGUGUGUUUCUAAAGAUCUCACCUACAAGAGGGGUUAUCCGAUUUGGAAAACAAGGAAAGUUAAACCCACGUUACAUCGGGCCAUUCGAGAUACUAAAAAGGAUUGGUUUUGUGGCAUAUUGUUUUGCACUUCCACCCGAAUUGUCUAAUGUCCAUAACAUGUUUCACAUUUCGAUGCUUCAUCGAUAUCCAGAGCAUGUUGUCGAUUAUGAGAACCUGGAGGUUCAAGAAGACCUCUCUUAUGAAGAACAAUUUGUGCAGAUUCUCGAUCGUCGUGAUCAAAUCCUUCGAAACAAGACUAUACCCCUUGUAAAAGUUUUGUGGAGGAAUCAUCGAGUUGAAGAAGCGACAUGGGAAACUGAAAGUCAAAUGCAGGCCAAGUACCCACACCUCUUCGAAAAGUAA